GGCAGCCGCCGUCCGACUCCGAGUGCGGAAGCAAUCCCGGGACCGCGCGCCCGCCCGGGAUGGAGAUGGAGUUCGACUGCGAGCACCUGAGACGGCUCCUGGGCAAGUACAAAUUCAGGGAUCUAACAGUGGAAGAAUUGAAGAAUGUUAACAAGGUUUUCCCACAUUUUACAUAUUCCAUGGAUACCUAUGUAUUCAAAGAUAGUUCUCAGAAAGAUCUGUUGAAUGCCACGGGCACUGUUCCUGUGAUGUAUCAGGGUAAUACCUAUAACAUACCAAUUCGUUUGUGGAUUUUGGAUUCUCAUCCUUUUGCUCCCCCCAUUUGCUUCUUAAAGCCAACUGCAAAUAUGGGAAUCUCAGUUGGAAAACACGUGGAUGCUCAAGGAAGAAUUUACUUGCCCUACCUCCAAAACUGGAGCCAUCCUAAAUCGGUCAUUGUUGGAUUGAUUAAAGAAAUGAUUGUCAAGUUUCAAGAAGAACUUCCCUUGUAUUCCCUGUCAUCAUCCAAUGAGGCUCAGCAGGUCGACUUGUUAGCUUAUAUUGCAAAAAUCACUGAAGGUGUUUCAGACAUAAAUUCAAAGAACUGGGAAAAUUAUGAGAAUAAAGCAAUUAAUAAAAUCACUGUGGUUGGAGGCGGGGAACUGGGAAUUGCUUGCACAUUAGCAAUUUCAGCAAAGGGCAUUGCAGACAGACUUGUCCUCUUGGACCUCUCAGAAGAGACUAAAGGAGGGAUGAUGGACCUUGACAUCUUCAACCUGCCUAAAGUGGAGAUCAGCAAAGAUUUGUCUGCCUCUGCUCACUCCAAGGUGGUGAUCAUCACAGUCAACUCUCUGGGGAAUUCUCAGUCCUACCUUGACGUGGUACAGAGCAACGUGGAGCUGUUUCGAGCUCUGGUCCCCGCUCUGGGACAUUAUAGUCAGCACAGUAUCCUGCUUGUGGCAUCCCAGCCAGUGGAAAUCAUGACUUAUGUGACAUGGAAGCUAAGCGCAUUUUCUACAAAUCGAGUGAUUGGAAUUGGAUGCAAUCUGGAUUCACAGAGAUUACGAUAUAUCAUCUCAAAUGUUUUGAAGACACAGACUUCAGGAAAUGAAGUAUGGGUUAUUGGUGAGCAAGGAGAAGAUAAAGUGCCCAUAUGGGGUAGCCAGGAUGUAAUGAGUCAUAACUCUCAGGUGCAGUUGUCCAACAGAGCCAUGGAACUGUUAAGGGUAAAAGGCCAAAGAUCCUGGUCUGUUGGACUAUCAGUAGCUGACCUGGUUGACAGUAUUGUAAACGAUAAAAAGAAAGUGCAUUCUGUAUCCGUUUUAGCCAAGGGACAUUAUGAUAUAAACAAUGAAGUGUUUUUAAGUUUGCCUUGCGUUCUUGGAACUAGUGGAAUAUGUGAAGUCUUGCAAACCACAGCCAGAGAAGAUGCAGUAACUGAGAAACUUCAAAGCAGUGCCUCAUCCAUCUAUGGUCUCCAGCAACAGUUAAAAGUUUGAUUCUUAAGUCUAGUUACAUGAAAAGUAGGGUUAUUUAAUUUUGCCAGCAUAAAUUAGGGUUGAGAACUUCUAUCUUAUUACUUACCUUUAUAAAUUGCUGGGCUAAGGUAGAUGGUUUCUUGAUUAGCUGCCUAAUUUGAAUCCUUAGGGAGUUAGAUAAUGAGGGGGUGGAAAGCUAAUUUUCUUUGUUCUUGAGAUCUGUAUACUGUUCCUCACACCUGUAACAGAUGGUUACCUGAAAUAUGCAUCAUUUAUAAUUAUGUCAGUUAAAAUUCAUAUUCAGCUUUUGGGGAAUAUUUUGGUUUUUCAGUUGUUUCUGUUUACUUUAUUGUGGUACUCAGGAGCUAUUCCUGGCUUAGGAGUCUCUUCUACUGGUACUGGAGGACGAAAAUGAUGCUGGGGGUCAAACUUGGGCCUCCAGCAUAUAAAACAUGUACACCGGUUCUCUGAGCUAUCUCCCAGGUCAUUGGAAUAUUUUGGAAGUAAUAAUUUUUUUAAGAGAAAGUUGCUUUUUCACUGUUAGUCUAUUAAGCAAGAUAAGCUGAAGAUCCAGUAUGGACUUACAAAAUUUGUGUUGGGUGUAUGUUUAAGGAUCCACUACUGAAGAUAUUAAUGUUUUGGGUUUGUUUUUUUUAAUGCAGUUGGGGUGGGGGUCAGAGCCAUAGUACACAGGGUAGGGCACUUGCUUUGUAUGUGGUCAACCCAAGUUUGAUCCCUGACAUCCCAUAUGGUCCCCUGAGUACCAUCGGGGGUGAUCCCUAUGCACUGCCAGGUGUGGCCCAGAAACAAAAACCAAACAAACCAAAGCCAGGAAGUUGGGGUGGGGAGUGUGGAGAGAUAGUACAGCAGGUAAGGCUUUCACCUUGCAUGCAACAGACUGGAUUUGAUCCCAGAUGCCCCGUAGGGUUCCCCUACCCCACCAGGAGUGACCCUUGAGCAUAGAAACAGGAGUCAUCCCUGAGAACAGCCAGGUAUGGCCCACAGGCAAAGAUAUUAUUUUAAUUUAGAAAAAAGUUUUUAAUAGGAGGCUGGAGAGAUAGUACAGCAGGUGAUAUAGGCGGGUAGGGCUUACAUGUGCCUUACAUCUGGCCAACUCAGGUUUGAUCCCUGGCAUCCCGUAUGAUCCCCUAGCGCUGCCAGGAGUAAUCUCUGAGUGCACAGCCAGGAGUAAAUCCUGAGCACCUCUGGGUGUGGCCCCUGAACCACAAAUAAUAAUAAUAAUAAUAAUAAUAAUAAUAAUAAUAAUGUGCUGUUGGUAGUAAUAGUAAAAUAUCUUAUUCUUUUUCAAAAUAAUUGUACAUACUGAAAAAAGGGGAAUAAUUUUCUAUGCACUUUAAAGUAGUAAAAGGGAAAGUGAAAAAGUUAAUAUAAGAAGAAAAAGUAUUAAUUUCUAGUGAAACUGGAAAUUUUCUACAACUUCUUAGACUAUGUAAGAUUUCCAACAAGUAUUUUUGGGGGCCUGAAUGAUAAUAUAGUGAGUAGAGAACUUGCCUUGCAUGUCACUGAUAUAAAUUCAAUCCCCGGGGAUCCCAUGUGGUCCCCUAGACCCUUGAGCCAGGAGUGCCAGGAAUAAUCCCUGAACACUGCCAGGAAUGGCCCUCCCCCCCAAAAAAAAGUAUUUUUAGAAAUAUUUAUUUAGAAAUACUCACAUGAAACGCCCUGGGUAAACAAACAAACAUAGCUCUUGGGCCUGAAAUAUCUCAGUGGUGGGGAGCCUGUCUUGCAUCCGUGAGACUGAAAAUUUGAUUCCGUACACGACCCUCAUUACUGAUCACAGUCCCCAGCACUGCCAGGGUGAUCCCCAGCACCCCAAGUAUGUGAACCUUACAUACCAGUGACAACAAAAACAACAAAAAAGGGAAGGAAAGGAAUAAUAGACUCAUCUUAAGAGGGAGCACUGAGUGGAUUUUUCUGAGCAAAUCUUUAGAUACUCUUGAAUAAAUAAUCCAGAGAAUAUACAUGUCAGUGAUGGGCUAAUAGCAUUUUAUGAAAAGUAGCUUAUUAUUACUUAUGUGACUAAUAGUAACUAAGGACAUUAACACUUAGAUUUCAUGUGAGUGAUAAGCACUAUUGCCCUAGGUCUUAGGGAUAAGGGCAUUUAUCUAUAUAGCCACUACUGAUUUUUAAGCGCUAGAAAGAAGAAAAAGCCUACCAACCAAAAUAGUUGCCACAGCACCCAAAAACUGGGAUUCUGUACAUUGUGGAAGCUUUUUCCAUUUUCCUAUAGGGGUGGGCCUUUUUCUCCCCCUAAUUUUUGGAAAGAUUAAUUCACUGGCUUUUUAGACUUGCCCUCAACAAAUAGCAGCAAGGACUACACACUAAGGGAAGUUUUUAUUUAUUUUGUAUAUCUGUGUUUAGUCGUUCAGAUAAUGAUAACUGGGAAGCUGCUACCUACCAGGUACUAUACUAACUACUGUAGUGGUGAGCAAAACUGGGCUAGGUGUAAGUCUUCAUGCAUCAUCUAGCACAGGAGACAGUGUAAUCAAUCACCGGGUAGUGUAGAACUGUCAUUAGUACUGUGGAGAUACUCAGGCCUUUGGAGGCAUUUUACUGGGGAAUCCAAACCUGAUUGGAGAAGACAGGAGCAAGGUGGUUUACAAGGACAGACACAUCCUGGGGAGAAAGGAAACACACUAAUCCUGAUUUAGUACACAAUGGAUGCUUAGAAUAAUGAAUUUAAACUAUAGAAGGGUGAAGGGGAAGCUAGGGGCAAAAAUGUUUGCCUUGCAAUGUUUGAGGCAAGUUUAGUGCCUCAUUUCUCACCAUAUGUGCAGAAUGAAGCACUGGCCUUUUUGCAGUCUGGGGUCCCUGGCACUACAUUUCCUCGACACCUCCCUCCUUCCUUCCUUCCUUCCUUCCUUCCUUCCUUCCUUCCUUCCUUCCUUCCUUCCUUCCUUCCUUCCUUCCUUCCUUCCUUCCUUCCUUCCUUCCUUCCUUCCUUCCUUCCUUCCUUCCUUCCUUCCUUCCUUCCUUCCUUCCUUCCUUCCUUCCUUCCUUCCUUCCUUCCUUCCUUCCUUCCUUCCUUCCUUCCUUCCCUCUCUCUCUGUCCCUCUCUCUCCCUUCCUCUCUCUCUCUCUCUCCCUACUCUCUCUUUUCUCCUUCUCCUCUCUCUCCAAGAAAAAUAAGAAUGAAAGAAAGAAAAGAAAUUAACCUUUUUAAAAAAUUUUUUGCAGGGGGUGGGGGAAGAAGAGAAUUAAUAUCACUGGACUGGAGCCAUAGCACAGUGCGUAGGGCAUUUGCAACCGAUCUGGGUUCGAUUCCUCUGUCCCUCUUGGAGAGCCUGAGAGUGUCCCGCCCGCACAGCAGAGCUGGCAAGCUACCCGUGGCAUAUUUGAUAUGACAAGAACAGUAAGAACAAGUCUCGCAAUGGAGACGUUACUGGUGCCUGCUCGAGCAAAUUGAUGAACAAGGGAUGACAGUGCUACCGUGCUACAGUUGUUCCUCCUUACUCUCUGUUAAAAUCAUGCAGAUUCCUCAUAUAUCCUCACACUCACACUCUUCAUAUAUCCUCACACUCAAGUACCUGGAAUGAUGGAUACUGUGCUAAUUAAACUGGUGAUGAUGUGCAAUAAUAAAGACUCUGUGCUCAGGGAUCACUCAUAGUGGGACAGGGUCCAAGUGAGGUACCAGGGAUCGUUACCUGGGUUGGCCACAUGCAAGGUAACUACUCUACCCUCUGUACUAUUGCUCUGGCUUUGAUAGUUUCUGCUAAUUUCUUAUUUAUUUUGGAUCCACCCCCAGCAGUGUUCAAGGUUGUGUGCUCAGGAGUCCUUCCUUGCAGCACUCAGGGUGCCAUAUGCAGUGCCAAGGAUUCAAACUGGGGUCAGGUUCUGUGCAGCACAAGUGCCUUACCUGUACUAUCUAUCCAUCCUUGGUCCAUGCUGGUUUUUUUUUUUUUUUUUUUGCUUUUUGGGUCACACCUGGCGAUGCACAGGGGUUACUCCUGGCUCUGCACUCAGGAACUACACCUGGCCAUGCUCAGGGGACCAUAUGGGAUGCUAGGAUUUGAACCCGGGUCGGCCGCGUGCAAGGCAAACGCCCUACCCGCUGUGCUGUCUCUCCAGCCCCAUGCUGGGGUUAUUUGACCAUGCUGGGAUUAUUACUCCUACCAGUACUUAGGAGUCAUUCCUGGGGGUGCUUGGAGUACUGUGUAGCACUGGAGAUAGAAUUCAGCAUACAAAACAUAAGCUCUAGCCCUUUGAGCUAUCUCCCUGACUCUCUACUAUUAGUACACUCUUGAAAAAUAACUACCUAUAGGACAAUAUAUAAUAAAUGACUUCUCAAGAAUUGACCACAUUAAUUAUAUUUUUACAAGUGUCAACUCAACAUAUUCUUACUAAGCAUCUACUGUUAUUCCAGGUACUAUGUUAAGUUAGAAUCUGAGUUUUCAAAGAUGGGUAAUAUUUCUUUGCCUGUGGAAACCCACAACAUGGAAAUAAUUGUCAGCUAUUUCCUUGAAUAGUGAAUAUUGUCAAUCAUGUUGUAAUUUCCAUGCAUAAGAAUACCACGACCACUUACUAUAAUCUGGUGAUAAUUUGAUUUUCAUGAUGCUGUCUCAAAAUGCCUUGAUAUUUUUGCAGAGAUAAGUUUUCACACUGUAAUUUUCUUUGUAUUUAUUGAAUAGUAAAUAAACCUUUGCUUUGAAACUAGAA